UAAGAGAUUUCUAUCUAAUUGUUUAGCCUGAAAUCUGAGCAAAUUAUGUUGCAGAUAUAGACUGCAUUUUGUAAUAUGACUUUUUUAAGGAGGAGGAGUUAUAGGGAAACUGAGGUGUUACCAUCUGCAUUUCAAGAUCUUAUUGCAGCUAUUGGCAAUAAAUAUCAACAUAAAACAAACCCACCUGAACCUGAUCAAGUGAGUUAUGGAGCCCGGGGCGAUUCCGAUGUCGUUUUCGGUGUGUUGGAUGCUAUGCUUAAGUCCACUUUGGAGCGAACCAAACAUAUGAGGGGAAAAAUGUCAUGGGCACAUUAUGACUGCACUUUGAAGGCAAGUUACUCUCAACAUGUAGAUACAAUUAGGAAUUUAAUUUUAGAAGGUAAGGUUGGAGUUGCCUUGUGGCUGCGUAACGGAAUGAUACAUAAAGGGGUUAUUCCAGAUGUAGUUACGCAUAAUUACCUUAUUAAUAGAUUUUGUGAAGUUGGGGCACUCGAGAAGGCAGAAUGGCUUGUAAGAGAAAUGUCUUUCCGGGGCCCAUCUCCAAAUUGUGCUACCUACAACACUUUGAUGAAGGGCUAUUGUACGUUUAAUGAUAUUGAUAAAGCUCUUGAUCUGUUGUCAACCAUGACUGAUGGUAAGGUGAAACCAAAUAUAGUCACUUUUAAUAUUCUAGUACAUGCCCUCUGCAACAAAGGCUUGUCAGAAGAAGCUAGAUUACUUCUUUUGAAAUUAACAGAUGAAAAUAGUCAAAAGAAUGUUAUAGCCUCGACAAUACUGAUGGACAAUUGUUUCAAAACUGGAGAUACAUCUCAGGCUCUGACACUUUGGGCAGAAAUCUGUGUAAAACAAGUGGAUGUUGUUGCAUAUAAUGUGAUUAUCCAUGGAUCUUGUUUAAACUGGGAAGUAAUUGUUGCAUACAAAUAUGUAAGUGAAAUGUUCAAAAUUGGUUUGCUCCCUGAUAAUUUCACCUACAACACUCUCAUAAAUGCUCUUUGUAAAGCGAGGCGGGUUGACGAGGCUUGUUAUCUCUACACCGUUAUGCCAAGAAUGGGUCUUGCUCCAGAUCGGAUAUCAUACAGCUUACUGAUUCAGGGUUUAUGUAUGGUUGGCGAUGUAGGCAGGGCUGAUGAGUUACUUAAUCGUAUGUUAGAAAGGUCAAUUGUUCCCGCACCUCUUACUUACAAUAUUAUCAUGGAUGGAUAUAGUAAACAUGGAGACAAACAGAAAGCAUUAUAUUUAUGGGAUAAGAUGAUGACAUUUGGUGUUCCACCCAAUGUAUUUACAUAUAAUGCUUUGAUUUACAUGCUUAUAAAAGAUGGAGAAAUAGGCAAGGCUCAUUCACUAAUGAAGGAGAUGCUGGUCGCUGGUCCUUUACCUGACACAGUCACUUACAAUCUGUUGAUAGGUGCUGAAUCUGAAUCUGGACACCUUUAUUCUGCAUAUCAAGUUUAUGAUGAUAUGUUAAAAAGAGGGUAUGAUCCAGAUGUUGUCACAUACACAGAAUUGAUAAAAGGCUAUUGCUUAAGAGGUAAAAUAAUGGAGGCAGAGAGGGUUUUCACUCUUGACAUGCUACAAAAGGCUAAUUUAGCAAUUGAUCAUGUGCCGUUUCAAAUACUCAUCAAAAACUAUUUCAAGAUAAGUGAUUUCGACAGUGCAUAUGGUGUUUAUCUCAAGUGGUUAAAAAUGGAUCAAGGAGAAUGAUCUUCUUAGUAAACCAUCGCUGUUAGCAUCAGAGUGGCGAUAUGAACACAUUCUGUUUCAUGCUUACUGCAUGCGAUAUUCUCCAGGCUGUGUACAGAAAGGAGAGCAAGCAUCUGUUGAGCAACCAUUAAAAAUAUUCGAGGGACCAGUGAAGGGAGUCUACGAUUGAGCUGCCUGCUUUACCAAUUCCUAAAAGAAAUGCCCGGAUAAGAACACUAAAUGCACUAGUAAUAACUCAUUCUCAUGCUGAUCUAAUUGGAGGUUUGGAUGACCUUUGUGACUAGACAAACAUCCAGCCUUAUAGCAUUUUGAGAUCCAAAGUUAAUUCUUAGUGAAUGCAUAGAUUUCAAAUAUCGAACAUUUUGUAAGUUGGCGUGUUAUAUAUUGAUUGCAGGUGAUGAAAAAAAUCCACAAUUAUCUGUAGACAAGACUCACUAGUGUGGUCACUCCUAAACUGGAGCUGCAGUUGCUAUUUGAUAUCAUGAAUGAGAAGCCAUCCACAGUACAUCAUCUUAAGGUAACAACUAAGUUAGCACUAAAACUUGCAUGUAAGGGAUUUUGGGUCAACGGCUGGACUUGUUUACAGGAAAGUAGUCAAUGAUAUAUAUGGUUUACAUUAUCUUACUAUGUGGUGACGAGUUGUGUGUCGUGUCAUCAGUUUACUCCACUACCAGUGUGGCAUGGUCAUAACUAUCCGUUCCUUGGGCUUUCACUUUGGCGACGUUUGUUACAUCAGGUAAUAAUGAGAAACCAGUGCUCUAAGUUAAUUAUAUACAUAGAUACUUUACCUAUUUUGUUAUUUUAAGAAUUGGAUUGAUUUGGUUAUUUUAUAUUCUUAAGUUGUUUAAUUUGUUAAUUGGACCUUAAUCUAAGGCCCUUUUCCUCUUUGCCUAUGAUGUUGUACAUGUUUGACCUUUACAUCAAUAAAUUAUAUUAAUUUACCGUG